GACCAACACCCCUCAUCCUUCAUGAUCGCCUCAACACAAUUUUCGGCAAUCAGCGGUUUACAUUUCUGCUCCUUUGCCAUCAUUCUGGUAUUCGCGAAAGCAAGAUGAGGACUUCUUUGCUAACGCUAGCGCUGAUCUCUUUAUCCUCAUCAACAAUCUCAGGAGCUCAUGCUGACUCUGUUCGUCGAUCCUUGAAGGGUUUGGUGUUCAAUGGCGCUCCCGGCAAAUACGUGGGUAGAGGCAGCGCCCCACAUGAUCAGGAGACCACAGAAGCAACCUUGGUGGGACAUCUGACCGAAAAUAACACGGCUGUCCUGGAUGUGACUCCUCCUCCUUCCGAUCUUCCAGCAUCUGCAGAAACCACUGCAGGGGUACCGGUAUCCAAUCCACCUCCUUCCUCUCCCACAGAUAACGAGGAAGAAUUCAGACAGGAAGAAGAAAAAGAGCUAAAAGAGGAAGAAGAGGACAGCAUUCUGGCUGCUCUGCUGGGGAGUUUCAUGGGCAGUUUCACGGCCGUGGCCAUCUUUAUGGCUCUAGCUUAUCGCUUGAUGGUCCAGAAAUUUGAAGCUGCCAACAUCACAAACAAGCAUGUGGAAGAAGUGGAUGUGGAUACUGUGGAUUUUAGUUCCGCGUCUCAUAAAGGUUUUGAGGAAGACCUCACAGAUGUUACCCUGGAACAAACUACUACCCAUGCAACAUCAAACAAUCGCUUCGUCACAACAACAACCCGCUGGGAUGAAUACAUGCCACCAUCCAAUGGUAGCGGUACAUUUUCUCCCAAUUCAUCUGGCCGAUUUUCCUUUGUUGCCAGCAACAGUGUUUCCACAGAUGUGGAAGAAGCAGAUGGCGCUGAUCAAUUGACAGAUUGGAGCGAACCGGGACCGCGUCAACAAUGGAAGGGUGACAAGUGCCUUGUUAUUGUCUAGUGUAGUCUGACUUGUACCGUAGCCUGUAUGGCUGGACCUGGGGACAAAGCCAGCUGUGGUAGCCACAAAGGGACAUGAUGAUGUGUCCAAUUGACAAAUCCCUUUUGUUUGUAUUAGUAGCUAGGACAGGACAAAGACGCAUGGACAAGACGGCACUAGAACUCCGACAAAAUCAACAACCAACGCACCACCACAGAGGGGAUUGCGUUUACGUGCACUUGACGCUAUCACCAAAUCUCAAUAAUUAUUAGCACGAUGACAUUUAUUUUUCC